AUUACACAUCAUAAAUACGUAAAUUCCAAGUAGAUGUUACUAAUUAGGGCUAUUUCUUUACAGAUAGUGAUCUUAAAAUCAUGGAGGGUAUUUACAAAAUAAAAUUAGUACCUACAGACCUGUGUACUGAAGAGACUAUACUUCAGAUUGCCGAUACACUCGACAAUUUGAAUGGCGUAAUCGACGACAUAUUCUCUCGAAUGACAAAUAGGAUCAAACAGAAUGUAGACAAAACAAAUAAACUUAAAGAUAGAAUAGAUAUUGCUAACGAGAAAAUAAAAAACUUGACUGGAAUGCGAAAAGCUAUUAAAGUGUUUUCUAGCGCCAAAUAUCCUACUAUAAUUUCUCAUGAGCAUUAUCAGUCUAUCUUCGACUUGAAUGGUUAUCACCACAAACCACAACAGGUUACUCUGAGUGGGAAAACUCAGGGGCAAUCUAAUGAGAAAGGAAUUCAGGAGAAACUACACUUCUUCCAUGUAAAAGUUGCACCACCUAUGAGUACCGUCGUCAAACCAGAUUUCGAUUUGAAUGCUUUGGUGGAAAAUAUAGGAACUGUUGGUGAACUUCUAGUUUUCAACACCAGUGAGAGCCCCUACUUAGGAACAACAGACAAAUUACCAACAUACAUUCCAAAAGCACCAGAUGUUGAAAACAGGAGUUUACUGGAAGAUGCACCUUCCUCAAUAAUUAAAAGAGAUGUGCUGAAGAGAGAACUAGAUGAAUACAUGUAUACUCCUGGCAUGGGAAUGGUUCCGGAGUUGGAGAUGCCUUUGGAUCUGCCGCAUUUGCCGGGCAUAGCUGGCGAUGUGCAGUUUUCGAUUACAACGGAGGGUUCCAUCGCGCCCUCCGUCGUUACGUCGCCGGUGGCACCUGUAGUGGCUCUGCCAGAAGAGGAGCUGCCGGAUUUCAAAGAGUUGCCAGACGUAAAGUUGUCGGAGACUCCUGUGCUAGACGUGCCGGAUGCCUUACCGGCAGUGCCGGUCGUAGCAGCAUUGCCGCCGCCUCCUCCACCCCCGCCCCCGCCGCCGCCACCUCAAAUGGAGAUUGUAUCUCUAUCUGAUGCUGAUCGGUGAGUUAUUAUUAUUCCAUACAUUUUUUUUAAAUAUAUACGAUGAAACUUUCUCCUGAUAAUAACAAACACAACAAAACAAAGAGUUAUUUUAUUU